GUUGCGUGGAUGUAUAGGUACCUUUUCUGCCAUGAACCUGCAUUCAGGACUCAGGGAGUACACACUUACUAGCUUCUUCAAGAACUUACUGAACUUGGAAGCAGUUUACCACAUCAUUUCACAACAGUGCCCUUAAAGAUAGCAGAUUUCCCCCAAUGACGAGGGAUGAACUGCCACGGCUUUUCUGCUCAGUGUCUCUGCUUACUAAUUUUGAAGAUGUCUGUGAUUAUUUGGAUUGGGAGGGGGACUGCAGUUAUGCAAUGUGAAUGGCAAAAAGUCAUUUCAAGAUGGCUAGAAUAUGACCUAAAGAGAGAAUGUGGUUCUUCCACCUGGUAUAACUGCUCAUUUCCAGAUCAUCCCGAAAGGCCAUCCGCCCGGUUAGGAGACCUUACUUCUGUGGGUGUACACGGCAUUAGAAUAGAAUUCAUCAACGAAAAAGGAUCAAAGCGCACCGCCACCUACUUACCGGAGGUUGCGAAGGAGCAAGGAUGGGACCAUAUUCAGACCAUAGAUUCCUUAUUGAGGAAAGGAGGUUAUAAGGCUCCAAUCACAAACGAUUUCAGGAAAACAAUAAAACUGACCAGGUAUCGUAGUGAGAAGAUGACCGUGAGUUACACAGAAUACCUUGCUCACCGUCAGCACCAUCACUUCCAGAACGGCAUCGGGCACACCCUUCCACCAUACAACCAUUAUUCCUGACACCGAGCCGUAUGACCAGUCUCUGGACUUUUCUGCAAACCUCUUCCCAGGAGAACCCCCCCCUUCUUGGUCUAGCUAUCUCUAUUACUGUACCAUUUUAUGAUGUUAGUUUCCGUUGCCAUGAUGACGCUUCUCCGUGGCAGGUUAAGUUCACCAUGGCAACGGGUGGAAACGCUGCAUCAUUACAAAGAACCCCUUCACUCACUCUCUUUCUCUCUCUCCCCCCUCUCUUUUUUUAAAAAAAUGAGUCACUGUGGGCUUGUUGGAUUUUCUUGUUUUUUUGUUAUGACCGCAUAAAAAAACUUGAGGUUUUUUUAAAAUAACAUUUUAAAGUUCUACUUCAUUAUCACUGAAUUGUAUCAAUCACAUUUUUCUGUGAAACUGUGGAUGGAAGGAAAGAACUUAAUGUGUCGGGUUGGAAGAUAAAAGAGCAAAGCACCGUAGCCUGCUCUUGAAGUCGUAAAAUAUUGGAUCCAGAUUGGAAGUAAGACUAAGCAUAGGCUUGAAUAGGAUUAGCAAUCAGUUCCUCAGCAUGCCCACAAAUAAAAAUUGCUAGAGACUCCGUGAACCUCUGGUUCCUGUUCUGAUUGGCCCAGACAAAUGACAAUGAUAACCUGAAUUAAUUAAUUAUGAUAAACCAAUUGUGCUUUCGGUUUAGACGUAAUCAUAGGAAGAGUUUUAUUACAGCCCCAAGUUGGGGUCCUGGUUUGAGUCCCUUCAUCUAAAUAUUGCCCAUUCAAAUCACUGGAACUAAAAACUUACUGAUAAUGGUCUGUCUCUCCCCAACCUCCACCCCCAGUUCCCCAAGCAGGCUUCAGGUGGAUGGUGUGAUCUGCCAAGCUCUACCUUGCGUCAGCAAGUUGACGAACAGCACCAAUAAAAUUCACUCCAAGCAUCUCUAACUUCUCAGAUGUUGGUUGCUGUUACAACCAGGAUGAUUAGCUUGAAGAAACUGCUGUGUUAGGAAGUCAGCAGAUUUAGGUAUUAGUGCCUUAGGUGACACAAGUUUCAGGAAGAAGAGCAAAGUAGGAGAAGCAUAAGAGAAGAUACCUAUUUCAAAUUCUAAACUUUCCAGAGAAAUGUAAAGUGUUCUUUUGAGAGAAGAAUUCAAGUUUUGUCUCCUAGCCCUACAAGGCUUGCCCCUGAAAAUUCAAUAGCAAACUAGCAGUUCUUGAUGGCGCAAGGUCAAAAAAGAAAAGAAAAGCCCAUAAUUAAAAAAAACAAUCCUAAAGCUUAUUACUUUUAAAUUUAAAAAUCCAGCAGCCAUUACUUUUUUAUGAAGCUGGAAUGGCAGUGCAAGAAGUAUUUUUGGAUAGCAGACAUAGGAAAUCGUGCUGAGUAGCAGAGUCAGUAUUGUUACCAUCUCUGGGACUUUGUCCUGGGUGGAAGUCGCAGAGACAGCUCCUCCUAGCCAGCCUUGGAUUCUGAGAACGGCUUUCACAGAGUUCUCGUUUCAGGUGCUUCCUGAACUCUUAUGAACUUCAGUGACACUGAAAUAGAUCUCUGAUCUUCAAGGGAGAUCAGAGAUCCUUCCCUGUAUUAGAAGACCUUCAUCUUGGAUGAGGCAGAUCGCAUUUUGGCAGAAGUCCUAUCCUCUUCCGUCCAAUUAGGGAUGUGAUCUUCAUAUAGACUACCACAAUAACAAACAACAAGCCAUAUUGCAGGCCUUGGGAUACUGAUCAAAGAAUUGGCUAUGGUCCUAGACGCAGAAAUGGGGAGAAAGCUGUUUCGUCACAGUCAUUCCUUCAAUCCACAGUAUUUAACGUCCAAAUAUUAACUUUCUGUUUUGAUGCCUUAAUUUUCAAGAAAGCAAAAAUCCUGAAGAAAGAAAGAAAGAAAGAAAGAAAGAAAGAAAGAAAGAAAGAAAGAAAGAAAGAAAGAAAGAAAGAAAGAAAGAAAGAAAGAAAGAAAAAGAAAAUGGGCAACAGAUGAGGAAAGAACCCACCGGAGCUUCGGGUGAAGUUCUGUGAUGUCUUUCCUAUUUGGAGGGUGGAAAAGGGGGUUCACUUUUAUGUGAAAAGUAUUGUCAGUUGCUGUCUAAUUGCAACUUCCCCUGUUUUGCCUUGAAAGGGAAACUUGAGCACAAGCUAAAAGAAAAAAAAAAAAAAUAAAUUCUGC